AUCAUCAGGCCGAAUAAAAGUACAAACACGACACAUUUAUUUAGAUAAAUUUUUAUUACAAAUCGAGUAAUAAGCAAACACAUUUCAACAGGCAGACGAAGUAAGUUACAAACACGGCUUAUUACGUAAGCACAACAGGUAAAGAAUGUCCAUGUACGGAAGAAUUUCAGUAGCCAUUUCAGUGUGAAACUGAUGUCUAAAGGUUAAGAAAUGCCGCGACAAGAGCUGACGCUUGCAGCCUACAGGAGGUGUGAAACCGCCUGCUGCUGUCUAGCACUGGUGUGGAGCUCGCGCGCGGAUCAAUGAACACAGGUAAAAUCUUAAUGCUGACUUUAAUCCGAUUAUGCUGACUUUUAUCGGACCGUGCUGACUUUUAAAUAAAAAUGCUGACUUUAAUCCGACCGUGCUGACCUUAAAACGACAAUGCUGAGUAUAACCUAACCAUGGUAAUUUAAAGUGAACUUAAGUAAAAAGUCAGCAUGGUUGGGUUAUACUACCGUGAUACAAGGAUAGUCAGAAUUUUGUAGUCACUAGUGCUAUAGUUAAACGACGAGGAUUCCGAAUGAAAAAAUCGAAUUUAAAAAGCACCUUUUUUAUUGGUGCAGAUUUAACUAAUAUUAUUUAUAAACCCAAACUAUCUUUAUUUAGCUGAUAGAAAGUACUUAAAGGAAAAGUUGUCUGGCCCUAGACCAAUUCCCCCCAAAAAGAAGGAAUCUAAUCUGCAGAAAACAGACGAGGGAGGCAAUCCACAACAUGUGGAAAAGAAAAGAAAAUGCAAAACAACUGGAAAUUAUUGAAGACACAAGGUAUUCUGAUAUUGAUGACACAGACUCUUAGGCCCAGCAGGAAAAUGAAAUAGAUGAAACAUCUGUCAAGAGACCUCAACAGAAGAAAAUUGAAAAGAAAAAAAGGAAACUAGAGAAGGAGGAGACCCAGAUUUCAGAAGAGGCAAAGCAACUGAAAAAAGAAAUAAACAAAAAGAAAGCCGAGAAAAUUAAAGAGAGAGAAAAGGUCACUCAGGCUGUGGCAAAUGAUAUACUACCAGUUCAAGAGAACAGCUGCCAAGACUGCAGGGAGAUUAAAGAAGACGUAAAAAUAAUAGAGGAGAAUGUGAAAAACAUAUUUGACAUGCUGCAGCAUUUAGUUGACUGCAGACCUUGUUUGAAGAAAAGCUACAAGAAAAUAUCGGGGAAGACCAAACAGGAUCAAAGUGCAAGUCUGGAAUCGGCACUAGUCAGCCCAUCAUUAUAUAUUGACAUGCCCUCUGCACUAAAUGCAACACCAGCAACACUGAGAGCCUCCACAUCUUCUUGUGCUAGUCCGGUUGUGUUGAGCAACUUGCCGGAUGCUCAACUGCUACUCAGCACACCAAGAGCCGCAACGUCCUCUCUGGCCAGUCCAGUUGUUUCAGAAAACUUGCUUGAUGCUCAACCGCUACUCAUCAGUACCCAAAGAGCUGCCUCUACAUCUUCUUGUGCUAAUCCAGUUGUGUUUAGCAACAGGCAAGAUGCAUUACCUCUACUCAGCACACCAAGAUCAUCAAAGUCUGCUGGUGCCAGUCCUGUGUUGAGCAACAGACCAUGCAUACCGGAUGCGUUACUUGGCACGCCAAGAGCUGCAACAUCUCCAAGCUGCCCAAAUGUAGCUCUAUCUAUAGGCCUUCUUAGCCCAUCAGGGCUCAAAUAUGGAGCAGAUAAUGACUGCUGUGGUGAGACUGAUGGUGAUACAGGUCUUUCCUUUCUUGGCAAUGCCAAAUAUGGUGUUAAAAUUUCUAGCUCGGUGUUGGCUAGAAUUUGCAAACUGAGCAAAACACCUGAGAAAUUGGCAUUGAAUCUGAUACCUGUCAUCCUGACAAAAGAGGAGAUAGAAAGUGUUACUGUUUAUGGCAAUAGGCAGUUCUAUAAAGAGCCUAUGGACAACAGGAAGCGGGAAGCCAUAAAAAGUUGUAUCUUCGAAGUUUUCCCACGAAAUGACAUGGAAAAAAAAGAAGGAUGGGAGAAGAUUGUCACCAUCAUAAAUGACAAGAUUCGUGGCUUGAAGAAGGGCAAAUACAAGAGUGCCUUCGAACAAUUGUUAAUUUGAACAUGUUUGUUGACCCUGCAUCCGUCGUCUGUCCGUCGUCUGUCCGUCGUCCGUCCUUAAACAAUUCUUGUUAUCGGUAUU